AGAAUGAGUAAAACUUUGAGAAUAUUGGUGUGCGGUGAUGUGAAUGGGAAAUUCGAUCAGCUGUACAAGAGAAUUCGGAGCAUUCUCAGCAAGGGGCAACAGUUUGACAGUCUGUUCGUGGUGGGCGAGUUCUUCUCGCCGUUCGCCGGGACAUUAUCAGCUUGGGAGAGCUACGCAUCGGGUGAAAAACAAGUACCGAUCGCGACUUACAUUCUAGGACCGAAAUCUGAAAAUCUAUCGAAAUUCUUCGAGAAUGCCAAGGAUGGCACGGAACUUUGUCCCAACAUCAUCUUCAUGGGAACCCGCGGUGUUAUCACCCUCGCUGGGGGCCUGAGGGUGGCGUACUUCUCCGGCACGGACUGCGGCAGUGUCAAGUCAUCGAACCAUACCUACAGCCUCCAAGAUGUGCACAAGUAUCUGAGGCCCCUCGUCUCUUCAGAGACCAACAUCGACAUCCUCCUGACAUCUGAUUGGCCUGCCGGAAUUAUGAAAUACGCAGCGAUCAAUAAGAAAGCGUCAUCGAUGGCCGGCAGUUCUGGGAUAGCUCAGAUAGCGUAUUUCCUGAAGCCGAGAUACCACUUCACCGCGUCGAAGGACUUUUUCUACGAGCGCGCUCCGUUCCGGAAUCACGUCAUUCUGACAGAGAAACCGAUACAGGCUAGUAGAUUCAUUUCACUUUCGAACGUGGGUUCGAAGGAGAAGAACAUCUACGCGUUCAGCAUCAUUCCGAUGGUCUACGCGAGCAUCGCUGAAGUGAGCAAACAACCGGAUGACACUACCGAGAACCCUUAUCCCGCUUUCGACCUUCCGCGAGAGGAAGAGAAAUCCUUCCAAGGUUUCUUCUACGAUCAGAAGACAUCUCACGAUGAGCCUCGGAAGAAGAAACAAAGGAGAGAUAACGCACCCAGACUCCAACAAAUCUCCCAGGACGAUUGCUGGUUCUGCUUACAGAGUCCCAAAGUCGCGAAACACCUGGUCUGCUCCGUAGGGGAUACGUGCUAUAUCGCGAUGGCGAAAGGUGCCAUCGUUCCCCAUCACUGUUUACUCCUGCCCAUCGGCCACCACAGGAAUAUGUCCGAUCUCGAACUAGACACUAGGAUCGAGCUGGCGAAGUACAAGGAGGCCUUGAACCGGUUAUUUGCCUCGAAGGAAAUGUACGCUGUUUACUUCGAGCGGAACUACAAGUGCUCGCACAUGCAACUGCAGGUCGUUCCAAUCAGCACCAAAAUCUCCGAGAAAGAGGUGCAGAGCGCGUUCGCAGACUACGGCGCCUCCGUGGGAGUCAAGCUGGAGGUGAUUCCCAGAAAUACCGACAUCUCCCAGGCUGUCCCACAAGGGCAAGCGUAUUUUUUCGCCGAAUUCGGAAACACUAAAAUGCUCGCGAGGAUCAAGGGCGACUUCCCGAUCAAUUUCGGCCGAGAAGUUGUCUGUUGCAGCGAUAUCCUUGAUAUGUGCGAGCGCUCGGACUGGAAGCACUGCACUGUCUCCGAGAGAGAGGAGACCGAGAUGACGAGAAGCUUCAGGGAUGACUUCAAGAGCUUCGACUUCACCCUCGAUGACGACGACAACGAGUGA